AUGAUCCAUCGUCGCUCGUUUGCCACCUACCAGGAGCAGACAGAGCAAGAGCGGAAGCAAAAGCGGAAGAGCAAGCCCAAGAGCAAGGACCCGUGGUGGAAGCAGAACGACAAUGAUUUCAACAAGGGCCAGAAGGCAUUCGCAGGAGACUCCAUCGAGAUGGCCGUGCGAGAUCAGAACAUCAAGCUGCUGGAAAAGAUUAUGUCCCAGAACGCCGACUUUGCGCAGCGGAAGGACAGUAUCCUCAUGGUUGCAGCGUUGUACAGAGGAAAGAAACUGAUGGAAACGCUGCUUCGACGAGGCGAAGACCCCAACUACAAAAACGCUCUCUUCUGCACGCCGCUGCACUAUUGCUGCUCACACGAUUUCCCGCGUGGCGUCUCCCUCCUCCUCUCGUACGACGCCGAUGUCGAAGCGCAUGAUGAAGAAGGUCUUACGCCGCUGCACCAGGCGGCGCUGGCCAACAGCGUGGAAUGUGCUAAGCUGCUGGUCGAGCACGGGGCUCGGAUCACAUCGGAGGACAAGGACGGCGACCACCCCAUACACACGGCAGCCAGGUUGGGCUCAGGAGACUUUGUGACCUAUUUGCUCGAGAAGGGUGCGGAUGUGAACUCGAAGAACUUCAAGGGAGAAUCGCCGCUGCAUUUGGCGGUGACGAGCGAUGAAGCCAAGAUGGCGAUGCUCCUGCUGGAAAAGGGGGCUUCUGUCGGCUCGAGAGACAGCGAAGGCCUCACUCCCCUUCACCGAGCUGCACAGAGCAGCGACGACAAGGGCUGCAUCUCCAUGCUCAUCAAGGCCGGCGCAGACAUCAACGACACUCUGGUCGCGGGCAUCUCGCCGCUCCACUUUACGGCCUUUUCGGGUAAUCUCGAUGGCAUGGGCAAGCUCGUGGAUGCCGGCGCGCUCAUGGAGGAAAAGACGCACGAGGGCUGGAACGCGCUCAUGAUUUCAGCCCAGGAGGGCCACCUUGGCUGUCUGUCCUUCCUCAUGAAGAGCGGCGCUCAGCUGAAUAACCGGAAUGAUGAAGGACUGUCGGCUUUGCAUCUCGCCGUGGCCGGCGGUCACGCUGCCUGCGCCACCCUCCUUCUCAAGAAAGGAGCUGACGUCAACAUCAAAGAAAAUAACGGUGCGCUCACGCCUCUGCACCUGGCUGCCCAAAGCGAAAAGGACGAUGCAACCCUGGCGCAGCUGUUGAUCGAAAACGGAGCGGACGUGAGUGCGUCCACGCCCGAGGACGGCAUUACGGCUCUGCAUGCGGCCAUUGACCACGAGAAUGUCCAGAUUGCGCUUCUCCUCUUGGAGAGUGGAGCUGAUCCCAACCAAGCGGAAGCCAACGGAACGACGCCACUUCAUCUGGCUCUGCAGGCCGAACUGCCGGAGGUGGUCGAAGCCCUCUGCCAGCUGGGCGCUGAUGUCAACGCGAAGGACGCCUCAGGCAAAACGACCCUCGAGCUUGCGCGCGACAUCGAAGUGGGCUCUGCCGAGGUGACGAAGCUGCUCAAGCGAUACGGUGCCAAAUAG